UGGAUAUUAAUUAAUGUACAGAAACGGAAAUUGUGAAAAUUUAUCCUUUUGAAAGAAUGAGUCUUAAUCUUUUCAAUUGUGUUUUAAUUAUAUCAACAAUUAACUUCUCAUCUGGUUGCGAGUGUGGCCUUGAAGGUUCAAUCAGCCGAAUCUACAGAGGUCAAAAGACUCGACCCCAUAAAUAUCCUUGGUUAGCACAAAUUCAUUCAUAUGCAAAUCGUGGUGAUAAAAAAUUUUAUUUUUGCGGUGGCUCAUUGAUUGAUGACCAACACAUUAUUACUGCAGCUCAAUGUUUGAGCAAAACAACCGACGGGAAGAAAACUUUGACCCUGUUUGAUCCUAAAAACAUUCAUGUUUAUCUUGGUUUAUAUGCAUUCAACACGACAAACACUAGACCAGAAUCAGUUUCUAGUAUUUGGGUUCACCCAAAAUUCAACGGGUUUCAUCUUUCAAACGAUAUCGCCAUCUUAACUCUCUCAAGACCAGUUAAAUUUACUCAGGAAAUUUUCCCUAUAUGUUUACCAAACGAUGAAAUAGAUUUGGAUAAUCUUGUUAUUACAGGGUGGGGAGACACUUCGCCAAAGGGUAAUGUAAGUGAAUUUCCACAGGAAGUUGAUGUUUCAUGUUUGACCACCAAAGAUUGCCUGAGACAACAAAGUAUAUUCUUUAUGAGUAAAUUAAAUUUGGACCCGAUAAUAAGAGAGAUAAUAGACUAUUCCAUAAUUAGAGAAACUCAUAUUUGUGCCAUCAAUAUGAGAACCCAGGGAGGUGCUUGUUCAGGUGAUUCUGGUGGUCCUUUGAUGCAUAAGGCCAAAGGCUUAUACUAUCUUGUUGGUCUUUUCUCUAGCUCAUGGGAACCAUGUGGUCCAAGUGUAACAUCCGCUGGUCUUUACACGCGAAUUGAUCUCUAUCGAGAAAUCAUCAAGAAAUGUGGCCUCGAAGGUUCAAUCAGCCGAAUCUACAGAGGUCAAAAGACUCGACCCCAUAAAUAUCCUUGGUUAACCAAAAUUCAUUUAUAUUCAGAUAUUAGUAGUGAUUACAAUGGUUUUUGUGGUGGUUCUUUGAUUGAUGAUCAGCACGUCAUCACUGCAGCUCAUUGUGUAACCAUCUACCAAAAGGAAACGCUCAAUAAUCCUAAUAACAUCUAUGUUUACCUUGGUUUAUCUAAAACUGACACUUUUAACUCGAUACCAAAAUUAGUUUCAAAAAUUUGGGUUCAUCCUAAAUAUAAACAGUCAAGUCUUUUGAACGAUAUCGCCAUCUUAACCCUCUCAAGACCAGUUAAAUUUACUCAGCAAAUUUUCCCGAUAUGUUUACCGAACUGUAAAAUAGAUUUGGACCAUCUCGUUACUUCAGGGUGGGGAUUAACUUCGCCAAAUGGUACACGAAGUGAAUUUCUACAGGAAGUUGAUGUUUCAUAUUUGAACAUCGAAGAGUGUCAAAGACGACAGGGUGAAUUCUUUCCGAAUGAUUCGGUAAUAAGAGAGACAACAGACUAUUACGAAAUUUGGGAAACUCAUAUUUGUGCCAUCAAUCUGAGAACCCAGGGAGGUGCUUGUUCAGGUGAUUCUGGUGGUCCUUUGAUGCAUAAGGCCAAAGGCUUAUACUAUCUUGUUGGGCUUGUUUCUGGUUCAUGGGAACCAUGUGGUCCAAGUGUAACUUCCGCUGGUCUUUACACGCGAAUUGAUCUCUAUCGAGAUAUCAUCAAGAGUAUCGCUCAAAAUUCAUGUUGGAAAGAUUAAAUAGAUAGAUAUCAUUAAAUCUUAGUUGAUUGUUAACCAAACAUCAAAUGAUCAAAAUCUGAUGCUCUAUUAUUUGUCGUCUCAUUGGAAAGGAAAAGUGAGAGACUUGUCAAUCUGUUUAACUAACAAACUAUUUCAUUUGUUGCCAGAUAAACGAGAAUUCAAAUAGCCUAAAUAAUAAAUUGUACCAUCGUCACGAUUAGUUGGUUGAUGAAGUUUUCGGCUUUUGGUAUUUGAUUGGAUUCGAUUUGAUCUUUUUAUUUGUUUGACUGGACUCAGCAAGUUAGAAACUUUACCUAGAUGACCAAAUAUUGAGAAUCCAAACCAUAAGCCAAGAAUACUUCCCACAAAUAUAAUAUAUUCACUCACUGAAAGUGCGGCAAAUGAACGUAAAUAUGUAACUGGCUCUGUGGGAACUUCGAGGAAAAUUGUUCCCCAAGAACCGUAUACAUUUCCAGGAUAAGAUUUGGUGCUAAUAGAGUAGGUCACUCGCUUACACUGAGCAGUAACAAGUUUAGAGGCACAUUGAAAUGCUGCAAAUUGAAGUAACUUGUUAGAAUCAUCCGAUCCAGUGAAAUUAAAACUCAUUG